AUGAGCAGAAGAAACUCGGAUCCGAGUAAUUUUCAUUAUUAUCAAAAUAUAUCCGAAAGUAUUCGUUCCUCAGAGGAAGGCAAGUGUUCCAACAAUGCUGUUACCAGCGAUCAUGACCUUGCGGUACAAUUACAACUAGCGUUUGAUGAAGAGAAUGAAGAGACAUCUUUUCAAGACUUCACAUUCUUACAAUCUCAGAAUAGAGGUCAGACUGAUUUAACAAGUACAAGCGAAGACGUCACAAAUGAUGAAAUCAUCGCAAGGCAACUGAAUGAAGAAUUAAAUAGCUCUAACAUCGGAUCAGUCGACACUUCAUCAUUGGGAAGUCCGAAUGACAUCCCCCAAACAAGAGAUCAUGAUGAUCAGCCUUUAAAUUUUAGAGAUAUGGAUAUAAAUACCCCAUCCAUAUUUGAAGAUUUUCCUGAAGGUUAUGAAGGACCAAGUGAAGAUUUAAAUUCGAUCAUCCUUAGAUUUAAAACAAAACUACAUCAAAAGAAUCCUGAUGCUAAAAAGCUACGUAUUCAUCUUUCAUCAAGAAACCCAGAUAUUAUGUUUACGGAAUUCAUUAGUGCCAUUAGGCAAUUUAAGAAAAAGGAUUUUAUAUUGAUGCCAGAAAUUGUCUUCAGAAAUGAACCAGCAAGAGACUUCGGCGGAGUAUUUAAUGAUACAAUUCGUCAAAUUUUGGAGAUAUUUAUGUCACUAGAGAGUCCAGAGUAUGGUGGGGAUGGCCAUCUAUUUACGGGAGAUUCAUCCAAGCUAAUCAGCUCCACGGCACCGGUUCAUAUUAUGGAUGAACUUGACGCAUUUGGCGAUGUAUUGUUCUUAGCUGUAAUCCACAACGCGCCAUUUCCUAAUGAUCUUGAUAUUACCCUGUUUAAGUACUGCUUGAAUAUGGAGAACAUUAUAUCAUUGGAUGACUUAAAAGGUUUCAGCAUGACAAUGUACAAUCUUGCUAGAAGAGUAUAUGAUGCGCCACAAAACGUAGAUUUGUCAACAAUAGAAGGAUUUGAUCAAUGGGCUGAGGAAAAAGAAAUCAAUGCCAUACAAAUGAAAUUAUAUUCUAGUUCAAGAAAGAAUCUAAAGAAGUUGGCCAAUUUAAUUUGUGAGGAUGUGUUGAUUAAUAGUCGCAUCAAUCAGCUUAAAUCCAUAAGCAAAAAAUUUAACAAAUUUGGAUUUUUCGAUGCUCUGAAAGCGAACAAAGUUACAAUUGAGGACAUUAAGAAUUACUUUUAUUGUGAGAUAGUAACACCGAAUGACAUCAUCCGGAAAUUGGCGUUCGGUGAUAACCUGAAUCCCAAACAGAGAAAUGUUCGAGAUUGGCUCAUUGAUUGGUUACUAAUACAAGAUAAAACAGAGUUACAAGAAUUCUGUAGAUUGGUUACGGGCUUUAAAAAUCCUAGGGAGCAAAUAAAUGUAUCCUUUAAGUUUUAUAUUCCCCAAGAGCCUAGAGAACUUCAACUUACACCCAGAUUUGUCACAUGUUACCAAGAGAUGAAAAUUAGUGAAGGUUUUUCAUCACGUCAAGAGUUCUAUACAAUCAUGAACGCACAAGUUGAUCAGUCAAUCCAUGAUAAUAGAUUUACCACAGCCUAA